AUGCUCGAGGUCAUGGAGCGUCGAUUCGAGCGCAAUCCUGCCUUCCGUGUAAUGUACCACGACUUCAUGGACGAGUACCUCGCUCUCGGGCAUAUGACGCCGUCAACGGUUGAACGUGGCGUCAACGCCUGCUUUAGGCCACAUCACGGCGUCCUAAAAGGCUCGGGCUCCGACGUGAAGAUCCGCGUUGUAUUCAAUGAGUCCGCGCGCACCGCGGCAGGUCAUUCGCUGAACGACUUCCUCCACGCGGGGCCCAAUCUGCUGCCGGUUCUCGCUGAUAUUCUAACGCGUUGGCGGCGGCACCGAUAUGUAUUCACUGCCGACAUCGUGAAGAUGUACCGGCAAAUUCUGGUGCACCCGGAGGACAGACAAAUGCUGCAAAUGAUCCUGUGGAAACAAUUGAAGCACGCCUUAAACACUGUCACGUACGGGCAAAAAGAUGCACCUUACCUUGCGUUGAAAACGAUAGACCGGCUGGCGGAGGAUGAGCGGAGUCGCUUUCCUCUGGGCGCCGAGGCGGUGCAGAGCGAUCGAUACGUGGACGAUGUACUCUCCGGGACUGCCACUCUCGACGCGUGCCGCCGUGUCCGGGAGCAGGUGACUUCGUUGUGCUUGGCGGGCGGUUUCCCGCUCAAGAAGUGGGCUGCAAACGACGAGGCCCUCCUGGAAGACGUCCCCCCCGAGCAUCGUCUGCAGCCGACGGCAAACGCCUCGCUUCCCUCGGACGAUUGCUCAGUGCUGGGCCUACGCUGGAGUCCUGGGAGUGAUGACUUCGCGUUCACAGUCCUGAAAUCCGUCGUGGUCUCUCCCACAAAGCGAUCGGUGCUUUCGCGGACCGCUCGGUUGUUCGACCCGCUGGGUUAG